CGUGGUCGCGAAGACGUGGGGACGCAGGCGGGCCGUAGAGAGCGCUCAGCUGCCUCUGUAUCUUCCCAGAUUCCUCGCGUCUGACCACAUUUUCCCGUCACAGGCUUGAUAUCUAACCAUGCAGCGGAGGUCAAGAGGAAUUAAUAUUGGGCUGCUUCUGCUCCUUUCUCAAAUCUUCCACGUUGGGAUCAGCAAUAUUCCACCUGUCACCCUAGCAACUUUGGCUCUCAACAUCUGGUUCUUCUUGAAUCCUCUGAAGCCGCUGCUUAGCUCCUGCCUUAGCGUGGAGAAGUGUUACCAGCAAAAAGACUGGCAGCGCUUACUGCUUUCCCCUCUUCACCAUGUGGAUGAUUGGCACUUGUAUUUCAAUAUGGCAUCCAUGCUCUGGAAAGGAAUUCAUCUGGAAGGAAGACUAGGAAGUAGAUGGUUUGCCUACGUCAUCACCACGUUCUCCCUACUCACUGGGGUGGUGUACCUCUUCUUGGAAUUUGCUCUGGCAGAACUUAUGGAUGAACCUGACUUCAGAAGGAACUGUGCUGUAGGUUUCUCAGGAGUUUUGUUUGCUUUGAAAGUUCUUAACAACCAUUAUUGCCCUGGAGGCUUUGUCAACGUUUUGGGCUUUCCUGUACCCAACAAAUUUGCUUGUUGGGCAGAACUUUUGGCUAUUCAUUUCAUCUCGCCAGGGACUUCCUUCGCCGGGCAUCUGGCCGGGAUCCUUGUUGGACUAAUGUACGUCUGCGGACCUCUGAGGAAGAUCAUGGAAACGUGCUCAGGCAUUUUUCCCUCCAAUGUUGAUUACCCAGGACAGCAGUACUACUUUAAUAAUUUAGGCUACUUUGGAUAUCAGGAUUAUUACCCACGUGGCAGGCCAGGUUACUAUGAAGAAGUACCCAGGAACUAUGACGCGUAUACAGCGGGACUGAGUGAAGAGGAACAGCUGGAGAGAGCGUUGAGAGCCAGCCUCCGGGACCAAGGAAAUCGUAGAAAUAGCCCCGCGGCCUAUGGGUUCCAUCUCACACCAGAAGAAGAAAUGAGGAGAAAGCGGCUUCACAGAUUCGACGGCCAGCGAGGUGACCCAGCCAUGUGAACAAAUGUGAUCCAGCUGUGUAAUCAUCGCCCCCAAGCCCCCACUUAGUUUUAAACAAAAGCAGAGGGCACUGUGACCGUCCCAAUUGCUCACAUCUGCCGUGGCCCUUCGUCCUAUGGCCUCUGUGAGUCUAAUUUGCAAGCAGAUUGACAUCUUGAGACCAGGCUUGUUGGAUGCAGCUCACAGCUCUCUGGGAGUGGCCCACCUCCUGGCCUUGUCUUCUUGCAGACAGAAAGUAAGCGUCUCCACAUAGGGACCAGUUUCCACACUCAUUUCUCUCACUGCUGACUCAGCCUUGUUUGGUCUUUGAAGACCGUGACCUUCGCCAGGAGUUUUGUGUUCACCAGCCCAGAAGAUCAGGCCCUCAUUCUGCUCAGUGCUCGACUUGGCAGGAAGCACGGAGCCAUCCCUCAUCCUCCUGGCGUGUUGCCAUGGUGACUUUCCAGGAACAGGACGUGGCUACCAUCGCAGGCUGUCGUCCCGGUCUGCCGUGCCCAAGCGCCUCGGCUCCUUGGGCCCCCAUAUCUGGAUGGUGGUUGCAGUGAACCUGCUUUGCUAUGCUAUCACUCUGCCUUCACAGGAUGUGUAACUGGAAAAGCUUAAGUAAGACCUCAGAUGGGAAACCACUUACACACUCCAUGACACAGCAGGCGGCAUCCACGGUUGGGCUCCCAGCAGCCUCUCCAGUGGCGACGUACCAUCCCGGAGAUGCAACUUGUAUUGAACUAACCAGCAAAGCAGCAGCAGGCGCUGCGUGCAGAGUAGUGACCAGUGGGUUGGUCACUGAGAAAUCCCUCGUGACGAAGUAUUUUUUUCUCAUAAAAGUGCCUUUUAAUUGACCACUGUAACAGCCGCUUGUCCUACUCACCCGUCCAAGACACUCCCCAAACCCACAGACUGCAAGUCACUCCUGGUGCUUGUUUUUCAUGAAUAAAAGGAAAAAGUCAAAUAUCACUGAUGUCUUAUUUCAUUGAGAUAUUUAUGUUUAAAGGGACUUAGAAGCAGAAAAGGAUCUUCCUAUUUUGCUUUAUCUAGCACUUAUAUAGUUUUCUGAUUUUGAAAGUAAUAUAUAUACCUUGUAUAUGCAUAAAGCAAACAUCUGGCAGGAAAUGUACCCACAUGUUAACAGAGGUUAUUUUGGAAGGUGGAGUGCAUAGGAGUUUGCUUUCUGUUUUUUACGAUUUUGUAUUGCUGUCUUUUAAAAAUGUGUGUAUACAUGUGUUAUGUGUACUGCUUUUGCAGUAGGAAAACUGAUUUAUAUGAUAAUAAUAAAUCAAGAAAUAUAUAAUCAGGAAAAUGGACUCAAUAAUAAGUAUUGUGUAUCUGUUGAUAAAAUUUACAAUAUAAACAGAAAUACAGAAAAAUACAUGUGCGAUUUAAAAAAAUCACCUGUAUCCCCACCACUCAGAGGUACCCAGGGCUAACAUUUUGGGGAUAUUGCUUUCUCAGUCUUUGUAUACAUUUGACAAAUUUGGAGCAUACCCACUAUGCAGUUUUGUAUCCGGUUCCUCAUCUGAAUUGACCCGGGAGAGGCUUUGCCACUUGCAUGUACAUGAGCUAAGCAAAUCACCACGUGAGACCUGGGAGCACUUUGACCUGCCAGCUGGCACGGUGUUACCUGAGCUCCUUCGGUUAAUUUAUGAUUGAUAGAAAGCUACACACAGCAUGUUUAUAGUAUGAAUUGUAUCUCUGAGUCUUGUAGCUUCAAACAUUUUAAAAUUUGAAUGUUCAAGCUAAACGUCAUUCCUCUUUUCUCCCAAACUCUUCGAAUUUGUUUCCCAUGACUUCUGUCGGGAGUAAGCUCAUUCUUAACGUGCCAUCUUCUCAUAGCGCAUUGUAAAGGUAAUUCUGUUACAACACUUACAUCUUGCCCUGUGACUUUUUGUGCACAACUGUAGAAAGACGUGCCUUCUGCAUGAGAGCACGGAUUAUGAACGGCUCUGGGAUGAGGCCUGUGUCUUGUUAACGCUACACUUCCGCCUCAACCCCGCCACCCAGAGGCUGGCCCCUGGCUCCCAGUAGGGGCUUACUAAAUGUUAGCUUCCCCAGAGUGUUUUUUCAAUGCAUUAAAAGUCCAACCACUAUAUAUGGAAGUUUUGUUUUUUUUUUUUUUUUACUGCUGUUGAGUCCAAUAAUAGUAGCUCCUUGCUCUGUUUCACUUGUCAGAUAUAAAGACACCAGAACUGAAUUUCAGAUGUGUAACUGUAAUAUGCAUGCCUUCUUUAUUUAUGGAGUGGAACAUCACUAAACUUUACAGAUGUGGGAAAGGUCAUUUUAGUUACACAUAUAAACCGGUUAUCUUAGCACAACAGUAAAGGUGUUUUGGAAAUUAAUUAUUUUGUUCAGUUAAUAGGCUUGUUUGUAACCAGUGCUUAUUAUUUUUAAUAUCCAUCUUAUUUCUUUUCCUACAAGAAUGAAUCUCCAAAGUUAUGCCAAAAAACUGGAAUUGGAUUGAGAAAGACAAAAGCCAGUGCGUUUGACUGUCUCUAAUAGGAAAUAAGCAUUUAGAGCUGUUUUUAAAUUUGGUUUCUUUGCUUUAAUAGUAAUUUCCUGAUUGUCUGUUAAACAUCCCCACACUUUGGUUGUGGUUAGUCAACUUAUGAGACCUCUGAAUUCAGAAUCUUUCCUUGGUUCUCAGGAUGAGGGGGCAGUUAAAUUGCUUCCUCUUCGUGACCUUGGAAGUAUUUAGUGCCUGUGAUUCCAAAGUUGUACAUGAUUGUUCAAGGCUCCUCUAUCCUUUUAAGCUGUCUGUUGUUGAGGCCCAGACAGUAAAUGGCUGGUUUUUCUAGAAUCGGGGCCAGUCUACAUAUUUGUCACACAUUCUGCCGCUUGGGGAGUAAGUUAAAGGGCUGAGACCCAGCACCAAACAAGGACAGUAAAACAGAGAGGGUGUGGCCGACUUGGCCACCGACUUCCCAGUCCUAGCUCAUCUUGGGAGAUUCAAUCAAAUAGUCAUUAAAACAAAACAAAACAAACCUAUCAUCUCUUCCUUUCCCUUCCCAUGGAUUAUUGCAGUCAUUUCCUUUUUUUUUUUUUGCCCCUAGUCUUUCAUUUUAGAGUCACAGACUCCCUGCUUAGAAGGACCUUAAAAUCUCUCAGUACAUUGCUCAAUACUUAAAAUACCUCUUCACUCAGUUCUACACAGCGCUGCCAGUUAUCUUCCAAAAUCUACUUUUGCGAUGCCACUCACCAUCUCAGUGCCUUCUAUUGUCUCUCUGUUGCCAAAGGAUAAAGGUCAAACUCAAUUGCCUCAACCAUGGGGCUCCAGCCAGCCCUUCAGCCUCAUCCCCCCUUAUCCAUAACAGAGUCUGUGCUGCUCACUGGUCUCGCCGUCCAAGCUGGGAGCUUUCCUGACCCUGUGACUUAAAUGAAGCAACCUUUUCCUCUCCCUCUGCCCAUCCAGAUUCUCCCCGUCCUGCCACCAGACACCACAACCCAGAAUGAUCUGCUCUUACAGAGCAUUCAUCACAGUUACCGCAGACCACUUAGAAUUGCUACUUAUCCUUCAGUGAGAGGACUGUCUCUCUCUCUAGAUUGUAAACUUCACAAGGGCAGGAACCCUGAAUGUGUUACCCGUGUAUCUCUUCACAGUACCUGAAACAAUGCUUUGUCUGGAAUGUCAAAACCAAUAAACGUUUGUGGAUUG